CGGACGGCUUCACAAUUAGCUUUCUAAGAUGAAGAUUUUAUUUUCUGUGCUUUUGUGUCUUACUUUGGCUGUCUGCAGCCCAAUAGGAACUUAUCAGAAUGACUUUGUCAUAGGUGAACGUCAAGAAAACGAUUAUGUCAUUACUGACAGAAUUAUUAUUAAGCCUCACCUUUUCAAGCCUUUAAUAAUCACAGUAAGUGUAAGAGCUCCAAACAAUGCAAUACUCACCCAUAUUAAAAUCACAAAUAUCGGAAAUCAACAAACUCGAUUUAUACCGAAAAGACUCAGUUGGACAAAUAUGGUUAUAAUAGUUAUUGGACAUUAUGGAGAAGGAAUACAUGUACACGUGGAAGGUUAUGCAAAAAGUAUUUUAACAACAUCUACUCCAAGUACAACUAUCAAGAUACCUAAUAAUGAAGAUAACAGCGCAUCUAGUAGCGAAGAAAGUAAAAACACAUCUGAAAAUAGUGAAGAAAACAAUGGAAAUAACGCAUCUGAUGUCGGGGAUAAAAACAACAGUGGAUCCAAUGCCGAGGAUGAAAACAAUAGCGCAUCCGAAGCAGGGGAUAAAAGUUACAACUCAGCCGAAGGUGGCAAUAAAGAGAACAGCGUACCCAAUGCCGGAGAUGAAAAUAACAACUCAGCCAAGGAUGGCAACGGAGGAAACAGCGCAUCUAAUGCCGGAGAUGGAAAUAACAACUCGGCCAAUGAUGGCAAUGGAGGAAAUAGCGCACCUAAUGUAGGAAAUGGAAAUAACAACUCAACAGCCAAAGAUAGCAACAAAGGAAACAACGCACCUGAUGCCAAGGAUGACAAUAACAGCGCACUCGAUGCAGAGAAUAGAAAUAACAACUCAGCCGAGGAUAGCAACAAAGGAAACAACGCACCUGAUGCCAAGGAUGAAAAUAACAGCGCACUCGAUGAAGGGAAUAGAAAUAACAACUCAGCCGAAGAUAGCAACAAAGGAAACAACGCAUCUGAUGCGAAGGAUGAAAAUAACAGCGCACUCGAUGAAGGGAAUAGAAAUAACAACUCAGCCGAGGAUAGCAACAAAGGAAACAACGCACCUGAUGCCAAGGAUGACAAUAACAGCGCACUCGAUGCAGAGAAUAGAAAUAACAACUCAGUCGAAGAUAGCAACAAAGGAAACAACGCAUCUGAUGCGAAGGAUGAAAAUAACAGCGCACUCGAUGAAGAGAAUAGAAAUAACACCUCAGCCGAAGAUAUCAACAAAGGAAACAACGCACCUGAUGCCAAGGAUGAAAAUAACAGCGCACUCGAUGAAGGGAAUAGAAAUAACAACUCAGCCGAGGAUAGCAACAAAGGAAACAACGCAUCUGAUGCGAAGGAUGAAAAUAACAGCGCACUCGAUGAAGGGAAUAGAAAUAACAACUCAGCCGAAGAUAGCAACAAAGGAAACAACGCACCUGAUGCCAAGGAUGAAAAUAACAGCGCACUCGAUGAAGGGAAUAGAAAUAACAACUCAGCCGAAGAUAGCAACAAAGGAAACAACGCACCUGAUGCCAAGGAUGAAAAUAACAGCGUACUCGAUGAAGAGAAUGGAAAUAACAACUCAGUCGAAGAUGGCAAUGGAGAAAAUAAUGUACCCAACGCUGAAGAUGAAAGAAACAACGCUGAUACUGAGAAUGAAAAUAAUGACUCAACCAAACAUGGAAACGAACGAAAUAGUGCACCUGAUACCAAGGAUGGGAAUAAAAACGCAUCCAAUAUUGGGGAUGAGAAUAGCGCACCCGAUGCAGAGGAUAGAAAUAAUAACUCAGUCGAAAAUGGCAAUGAAGGAAAUAGUGCACCCGAUUCCAAGGAUGCAGGAAACAACAUACCUGAUGCUGAGGAUGAAAAUAACAACUCAGCCAAAGAUGGAAACGGAGAAAAUAACGCACCUGAUACCAAGGAUGGGAACAACAGCGCAGAGGAUAAAAAUAACAAUUCAAUUCAACAAUUCAAAAGUGACAACGGAGAAAACAAUGCAUCUGAUGCUGAAAAUACCAACUCAGCCAAAGAUGGCAACACAGAAAACAGCGCACCUCAUGCUGAGGAUAAAGAUAACAGCACAUCCGAUGCCAAGGAUGGAAAUAAUAACCCAAUAGAAGAUGAGGCUGAAAAAAACACCGCAUCUGAUGCUAAGGAUGAAAAUGACAACUCAGCCAAAAGUGCUGAUGGAGAAAACAACAAUGGAAACAGCAUACUUGAAGAUGGCGAUGGAAGCAAUAGCGCAUCCGAAAGUAGUGAUGGAAACAACACCGUAUCCAAUGAUGACGAUGGAAACAACGCACUCAUUCAUGCAAAUGAAAACAAUAAUUAAUAAUAAUGGAGACAACAGCACUGCUAAUGAUAGAAACAACAGCGCAACUAAUAGCAACGACGACAACGACAACGACAAUAAUAAUUUUGGUAGUAAUAAUGUAAAUGAGAAUUAUGACUUUCGUUGGUGAUUACGUUAGAUAUAUUCGAGAUGUCAAAAUCAAGAUACUUAUCGAUUGAAAUUAUUGAAGAUUGAAGUAUUUCUGAUUUAAGAUCAUAAAUAUGUGACAAAGUACCACGCUCGUAAAUACAGUCACCAAUGAGACUUCUGCAUUAAAAAUGUAGAAGUUUAGACAAUUACUUAAUAAUUAAUUAAUAAUUUUAACUGAAAAAAUUCUGAUAUGAGAAUAUCAACUUAGAAUAUCAACUAGCCGAAGAUGGCGACUAAACAGCUCAUCCGAUACUGGAAAUGACAAUAACAAUUUAGUAGAAGCUGAAAGAAACGCCAUCCAAUUUAUAGCAUUCUGCUACAAAGAUUUAAUUUAAAGAAUAUGCAAUAUAUGUAUAUAUAUAUGUAUAAAAUAUAAAGACAA